GGGGGUCUAGGCGUUGAGAGUGGGAGUAAUUGUAACUUGGCUUGUGAGACUCACUUGCUUCAUGACAUAACCAAUAGUGACACCUCAUUCACUUUGCUAUAAAUAUAGAGGUGUUGUUAUUUCCACAUUAAGCAUUGCUUUCCAUCCUUUCACUUAUCACCACCACCACCAUGACCACCACCAUCAUGGCCGAAAAGACCAUCGCAACAUCCGGGCUAGGACACCUUUUCAUGACGGUGUUCGUCUUCAAUUUCGCUAACUUCAUGGUGGUUCCGGCCAUUACCGACGUCACCAUGACGGCACUUUGUCCCGGAGAAGAUGAGUGUUCCUUGGCGAUUUACCUCACCGGAGCCACACAAGCGAUAACAGGGAUGGGGAGCUUGGUGAUGAUGCCUCUCAUUGGAAAUUUCUCAGACAAUUAUGGGAGGAAGGUCAUGCUCACUCUCCCAAUGCUCCUCACUACUUUACCUUUGGUAAUUCUGGCAUACAGCAGGGAGAGGAAUUAUUUCUUUGCAUACUAUGCACUCAAAACCCUCACAUCCAUGAUUUGUGAAGGAAGUGUGCUUUGUCUUGCACAUGCUUACGUGGCUGAUAACGUACCGUUACCACGGCGGGCAUCGGCGUUCGGAAUCCUCUCCGGCAUCUCAUCCUGCUCCUUCGUCUUCGGCAAUCUCUCCACUCGUUUCCUCCCCUCAACCGCCUCCGUUUUUCAAGUAGCUGCAGCUGUUGCAAUGGUUUCUGUUGUGUAUAUGAGGAUUUUCCUGCCGGAAUCGAGUAUGGAGGCUGCGGUGAUCGCAGCUUCGUUGAAAGACGAGACGAUGAAUGAAUGUCUUAUUGAGAAGACUGAGAAGAUGUGUACGGAUAAUCGAAGACCAUUCCGUACAGGUCCUUCUUUGACGGAUUCGAUCUCGUUGUUGAGGAGUAGCUGGACAUUUUCUCAAGCAGCUAUUGUGGCGUUUUUCAGCAGCUUGGGUGAAUUAGGCCUUUAUUCUGCAUUAUUGUACUAUUUAAAGGCCGAAUUCCAUUUUGAUAAAGAUCAGUUUGCUGACUUGAUGAUCAUCAACGGGAUAGCAGGGAUCAUAUCGCAAAUGGUUCUUAUGCCCUUGUUGGCUAGAGUAAUAAGUGAAGAAAAGAUUCUUGCAAUCGGGCUCGUCUUCAACUGUGUACAUAUUUUCCUAUACAGUGUAGCUUGGUCAUCAUGGGUUAUUUAUUUUGCGGCCACAUUUCAAAUCCUAGCUGUUUUUGCCGGACCAAGCUUACGGAGUAUUGUAUCCAAACAAGUUGGCCCUACCGAGCAGGGAAAGGCUCAAGGGUGUAUUACAGGCCUAUGUUCCUUUGCCAGUAUUGUUUCUCCACUGAUUUUUAGUCCUCUAACAGCUUUAUUCUUGUCUGACGACGCGCCAUUCGUGUUUCCUGGUUUUAGUCUUGUGUGUGCUGCAUUUGCUGUGAUGAUCGCCUUCAUCCAGAGUGUCAUGAUCCGGGCCCCACGUGUCAUCCCAGAAACAAAAGUCGACGACCCUGUCCUAGUGGAGCCUUGAACACGCGUUUUUUUUGUGUCUUGGAUCGGUGUGCCGAUGUAUAUACCGUUGUACCCUCCUCUCUACAUAUGGUUAUACAUAUAUAUGUUAAUUUUUCGCAAGAAGAAGUUAGGUACGAAGUAAUUGACAGAAGUUCCAUUAGUUAGAGGUAUUUGUAUAUUGUAUAUGAUAUAUAUAUCUAAGAAAAGUAAUUAUUUUAGUAAGAAUUGUUAGUAUAUAUAAAAGUUAUAGAUUUAAUAGGACAUAUAUAUAGUUGUAAUAGUUUUUUUUUUUUUUGUAUAAGAAUUUAAUCUGUUAUUCA